UCAGAAGCUUUGCUCCGCCUCACUUCUCGCUAACUUGGAACUCUUGAUCAAUGAUUCACUCCCCUGAAGUCGACCUUCCUUUAUGACCAUCUAAACAAUAUUUCAGAGCUGAACUCAGAUCAGCCUCAGCUGUGAGACACCUGCAGCUCUGGCAGCUCUGUUUUGAGUCUCCUCUGUGUCCUGACCAGAUCGGGCUGCCUGCACACGCUGAUCACCUCAUCCCCUUGCACGCAGCAUCUUGUUCCUUACAAACCAGUACUACCAGCUCCUCCGGAUCCUUGGGCUGUCAUACAGAGGUCAGCAGUUGAUUCAGAAACACACACACACCGGAAGAAAGGUCUGUCAAACACUGAUGCUAACUCUCCAGUGGGACUGGAAUGGGUAAUAGUCAUGGCUCACUGUAAUAUGUGGUCACCAUCCUCCUCUCCUCAUGAUGAUGUCAACCUGGGACCUUCAGCAAACCCACAUGCCAGGCCCACUGACUUUGACUUCUUGGCUGUCAUUGGCAAGGGGACCUUUGGAAAGGUCCUGCUCGCCAAGCUCAAAGCCGACAACAAAUUCUACGCCGUCAAAGUGCUGCAGAAGAAAGUCAUCCUGAAGAAAAAAGAGCAAAAGAACAUUAUGGCAGAGAGAAAUGUGCUGCUGAAAAGUCUGAAACACCCUUUUCUGGUUCGGCUCCACUACUCCUUCCAGACCCCAGAGAAACUCUACUUUGUCCUCGACUAUGUAAAUGGGGGAGAGUUGUUCUUCCACUUGCAGAGAGAGAGAUGUUUCUCUGAGCCCAGAGCGAGGUUCUACACCGCAGAGGUAGCGAGCGCCAUUGGCUACCUUCACUCUCUUAACAUUGUUUACAGAGAUCUGAAACCAGAGAACAUUCUUUUAGACUCUCAGGGUCAUGUGGUGCUAACAGAUUUCGGGCUGUGCAAAGAGGGUGUGGAACCAGAGGGAACCACUUCCACUUUCUGUGGGACUCCAGAAUACUUGGCUCCAGAGGUUCUUCGUAAGGAACCAUAUGACAGGACCGUGGACUGGUGGUGUCUGGGAGCAGUGCUCUAUGAGAUGAUCUACAGCCUGCCUCCUUUCUACAGCCGUGACGUCAGCGAAAUGUACGAUGGGAUCCUCCACAAGCCGCUGCCAAUGCCUCCAGGGAAGUCUGAUGCCGUCUGCUCUCUGCUGGUGGGUCUUCUGCAGAAGGACCAGCACAGGCGCCUUGGGGCCAUUGCCGACUUUUUAGAAAUAAAGAACCACACCUUCUUCUCUCCAAUCAACUGGGAUGACCUUUACCACAAGAGAAUCACUCCUCCUUACAACCCUAAUGUGAGAGGCCCAGCUGACACUCAGCAUAUCGAUCCAGAGUUCACCAGAGAAAUGGUUCCUAACUCUGUGAGUCGGACCCCGGAGCUCAACGCCAGCACCAGCUCCAGCUCCAGCAACGCCUUCAACGGGUUCUCCUUUGUUGCCACUGAGGACAGCUUUCUGUGAGACACCACGAUCCUUACAAUCUCGAACAGGGUGAUUACACCUCUUUUGAGAUUAGAUCUCAUGAGAAUAAGAUCUUCUCGUGUACUAUGGCGACCACUGCAGACGUCCCAUGGUGCAUCCACUGCAGGGAUUUCCAAAUUGUUCACCUUGAGGGUGAAGCAAAGAGGGCAGCUUGCAUAAAACAAAAUGCCUGCAAUGAAAUCAAAGAAGGUUCAAAUAUGCAGAGCAGCCUGCUCUUAAAGAAAUAGCAGGGAAUCUUACCAAAUAUGCAGGGCAUGUGGAGCAUCUUUAAGAUGCAAUGCAGAUUAGUUUUAUUGAAGAACACCUGAGGCUGGAUUUACACAAAAAAUGUUUUAGAAUUCUUUUUUAUACACAUCAAAGAGAAAACAACAUUAUCUUCCUGUGUACAUCCAGACUUAGUGAUGUCUGUCCCACUGAUCCCAUUUUUAAAGAAGACAGAUCAAUAUGAACAUAUUUCUUUUGUAAAUAGCCAGCUUUAAAACAUUGGUAUUAUGUCCAUAACUGAGAUGACUGGCAGCAUCCACUGGCUUUUAUCUGUUUUUACAUUGUUCUGCAGGUUCUGAUUUCACAGGGAAAAUACUGCAAAACUUUAUGGCUCAAAAGACAGAUUCCUGUGCAGGAUGUUUCUCCCAAACCUCCUGUUGUAACCAUUGUUAGUAAGUACACAAAGCACAUAUAAUUAUUUUUUCUUACUACAUAAAACAAAAAAGAGAAAGUGCAAAGGGAUGUCAGGCUGUAGACAUUUAUGAAGCAAGUGACUGAUCAUAAAAUCAAUUUCAAUAUAUUUUUGUUUCUCCUUAAAGACCCAAAGAAAGUCUUUGACCAAAGAGACAAAGGAGGUGAAACAAUAUAACACUAUGAGUAAUGCGGCUAGUGUGGAACAGUAGCUGCUUGUCCUCACAACAAUGGUCCUAUCUUUUGAUGUACUAUAUGUUUAAAUUGAUUUGCCCAUGAUGCACUGCUGUUAAAAAAAAAAACACUCCACACUGUAGACUUUUAAAAUGUUAGUUAACUACACUGCAGUGUGAACAUUAUGUGAAUUAUGUGGUUUUGUUUUCUGUAUUGUAACUGAGGAAAGUCCUCACAUUGGUUUGUCUGGAGAUUAUUAUUAGCUUUGUAACUGGCUAAGAGUUCAUGUUAUUAUGAAAAUACUGUAUCUAACAUCUGUAAAUAUACAGUAGCAGCUUUGCAAUAGGAUUUAUGUACUAUAGCAAUGUGAUUUUAUCAGUGUAAACCAUGAAGUGCCUCUCUGCUGUGGAAAUGAAGUUGGUGAUGGGUGAAGUUUGAUGUUGGCAGUGAUGUUGAGUGAUAUAGUUAGAGAAUGUUCAUCUGAUGUCCUCGCAUUUCAUUUUUAUUAUCUCAUUCACAUAUACUUAAAGUCUUGUUUUUGCAUCUGAUAUUAAAGAGGAUAAUGUGUUCACAUUUUAUUCCAAUUCCUGAAGGUAGUAUGUUACUAAUUACCUUUUGGUCUUGUUUAAAGCUUUAAUUUCACAAAAUACUGUAUCAGAUGCUUUUCUUUGAAUCCAAAUGCACCAACAAGGAGAGAGCCAUUGGUUACCUUCGAAGACUGCUUUCAUUUACUCAUUUAAAUGUAAAUGGUCUAAAAGAUUCAAAGACUCUCAGGAACACUCGCUGCUCUGACUCUUCUAGUUCACCAUUUGCCUUCUAAAACUGUAACUCCUAAUGCCGAGCUGUUAUUCCCUGACUGAUCCUGUAAACAGAGAGGCUGACGUUACACACUGUCAGGUCAUGCUGCCAGCAGCAGUGUCACUGUGUGCUGAUGUCAGCAGGAGCGAAAAUCCAUAUGUGCGUGCACAUGUGUGCGUGUGUGUGUGUGUGUGUGUGUACACAGAGAAAACUUGUUAAUAAAUCAAGCAGCUGUCAAAACA